CAGGAUAUAGCUUUUCUCCAUCACCUGGGGAUCAGGUUUGUUCUUGUGCCAGGGACCCAUGUGCAAAUUGAUGAACUUUUAGCUGAGAGAGUUGUUACUUGUUGCAGGAAAGAAGCCAAAGUUUGUUGGUCCGUACAGGGUGACUGACUCAGACUCUCUAACAGCUGCGAAGGAAGCGGCUGGGGCGAUAUCUGUGAUGAUAGAGGCAAAGCUUUCUCCAGGACCCUCCAUAUGCAAUAUUCGUCGACAUGGUGACAGUAGUCGAUUGCAUGAAGUUGGUGUCAGUGUAGAGAGUGGUAACUUUCUUGCAGCCAAGAGAAGAGGAGUCGUUGCAGGCGUUGAUUAUGGGGCAACAGGCGAAGUCAAGAAAGUUGAUGUUUCUCGCAUGCGUAAGAGGCUCAAUGAUGAUUGUAUUGUGAUUUUGAGCAACCUGGGUUAUUCCAGCUCUGGAGAAGUUUUAAAUUGCAACACAUAUGAAGUUGCAACAGCUUGUGCCUUGGCUAUCGAAGCAGAUAAACUUAUCUGCAUAAUAGAUGGCCCAAUUCUUGAUGAGAGUGGACGCCUUAUUCGCUUCUUGACUCUUGAAGAAGCAGACAUGUUGAUUCGUAGGCGUGCUAAGCAAAGUGAGAUAGCAGCUAGUUAUGUGAAAGCUGUUGAUGAAGAAAAUUUGUCUUUGCUUGGACAUGAUGAUCCUAAUGCUACUAAACAGAAUGGAAAUGCUCUCAAAGGAAAGUACACCACAACGUUUCACAAUGGUGUUGGCUUUGACAAUGGGAAUGGCUUGUGGUCGGGUGAACAAGGUUUUGCUAUUGGAGGUCAUGAGCGGCAAAGUCGAUUAAAUGGUUACCUUUCCGAAUUGGCUGCUGCAGCCUUUGUUUGCAGGGGAGGUGUUCAAAGAGUUCAUCUGUUAGAUGGCACUAAAGGGGGAGUUUUAUUGUUGGAAUUGUUUAAAAGAGAUGGAAUGGGGACUAUGGUGGCUAGUGACCUUUAUGAAGGAACCCGGAUGGCGAGGGUAUCAGACCUCUCUGGAAUAAGACAAAUUAUACUACCUUUAGAAGCAUCUGGCACAUUGGUUCCGAGAAGUGAUGAAGAGCUACUUCAAGCUUUGGAUUCCUUCAUUGUGGUGGAAAGAGAAGGCCAGAUCAUUGCAUGUGCUGCUCUUUUUCCUUUCCAAGAGGAUAGAUGUGCAGAGCUUGCUGCUAUUGCAGUUUCUCCUGAUUGUCGCGGUCAAGGGCAGGGAGAUAAGUUACUCGAUUACAUUGAGAAGAAGGCAUCUUCUCUUGGAUUGGCGAAGCUUUUCUUGCUUACAACCCGCACUGCAGAUUGGUUUGUGAGACGCGGUUUUUCAGAAUGUUCAAUUGAAUCGAUACCAGAGAAGCGUCAGAGGAAAAUUAAUCUGUCUCGUAAAUCCAAGUAUUAUUCGAAGCAGUUGUUACCUGAUACCAGCGGAAUUACUGUUAAUAGGGCGUUCACUUGAGGUUAAAAAUGAUGCUGGCAACUUCCCCUCAGGGGGUUAGCAGCUGAAUUAUUGAAGUGUUUUUGAGUUGCGAGUUUUGUAUCUUGACUAGAAGUCCGGAAUAAUUUAAUAGGGCGUUCACUUGAGGUUAAAAAUGAUGCUGGCAACUUCCCCUCAGGGGGUUAGCAGCUGAAUUAUUGAAGUGUUUUUGAGUUGCGAGUUUUGUAUCUUGACUAGAAGUCCGGAAUAAUUUAAUAGGGCGUUCACUUGAGGUUAAAAAUGAUGCUGGCAACUUCCCCUCAGGGGGUUAGCAGCUGAAUUAUUGAAGUGUUUUUGAGUUGCGAGUUUUGUAUCUUGACUAGAAGUCCGGAAUAAUUUAAUAGGGCGUUCACUUGAGGUUAAAAAUGAUGCUGGCAACUUCCCCUCAGGGGGUUAGCAGCUGAAUUAUUGAAGUGUUUUUGAGUUGCGAGUUUUGUAUCUUGACUAGAAGUCCGGAAUAAUUUAAUAGGGCGUUCACUUGAGGUUAAAAAUGAUGUUGGCAACUUCCCCUCAGGGGGUUAGCAGCUGAAUUAUGGAAGUGUUUUUGAGUUGCUAGUUUUGUAUCUUGACUAGAAGUCUGGAAUAAUGCAAAAUA